AUGUCGUCGAGACGCCAUCAUUCAAAGUCUCGGAAAGGCUGUCUGCAAUGUAAGCAGCGGAGGACAAAGUGUGAUGAGACCAAACCAGUCUGCCUAAGAUGUGGCAAAAGGGGAGAUACUUGUUCCUUCACGCACUCUCCUAUCGUUGUUAUAUCUUCUUAUUCUGGUCCGCAGUUGCGCUCAAGUGACAGUAAGGAAGUUCCUUCUGAGAUUACCACACCCCUCACGCAAGAUUCGGAGAAUGGCAGCGACCCUGAAAUCAGUUUGGCCUCCCGAUAUGCAUUGAAGGACGACGGCAACGACACCCUCCGACUCAUCCAUUACUAUGGCCUCUCUACAAGAAAGCUCCUAGCUGAUGGAGAUGAGCAAAUCCCCAUAUGGCGAGAUGUUAUCCCAGCGCUCGCUUUUGAACAUGACUUUCUUCUCUCGGGCCUGUUAGCAAUCACAUCCCUCCACCUCGCCCUCAUUCAUCCCUCCAAAGUACACCACAACGCCGCUCUACACCACUACGCAAAAGCAAUUGCACUAUUCCGUCCGCACCUUUCCGCCAUCAAUCCCGACAAUGUCUCCGCGCUCUUCACAUUCUCAUGUCUUGUCGCGGUCUACUCCUUUGGCAUUCACCAAACCCCGGGGUCACACUUCAGUCCCCUUCUAGAAAUCCAAGAAGUCUUUACGCUGUUCCGGGGUAUCGGCGUAGUUGUCAAAACUGGUGCUAAAUGGCUAGAAAAGGGUCCCAUAUCAUCCUUCAUACUUCCCAUGCCGAGCAACCCAUCAGCGACUUUAACCUCACCUGGCCUCGAGAGUUCCCUUGCGCACCUUUCGACUCGCAAUGAGAAGACAACAAUAGAUGCGUCGUUGCGUGGGACAUAUGCAACUAUGAUAGCGCUACUCCGGCAGAGCUUCCUACUGGUGCAAGAAACCCAAAUCGUAAAGUGGGCUAUCUUCCCGCUCCCUAUCUUUGCCCCUAUAGAGUUUAUGGGAGUACUCAAAGAGAGAGAACCGUUGGCUCUAAUAAUCUUGGCUCAUUACGCUGUAUUAUUACACUGGCGGCGAGACCAAUUGUGGUUAAAGGGCUGGGGAAAAGAAGUUAUCGAUGCUGUCCGUCAGGUUCUUGGUGAAGAGUGGCAGGAAUCACUUGAAUGGCCUGUUGCUGAGAUGGAAGGGCGAACCCAAGUCGGUAGUUGA